CUCGCGACGUAAAUACUGAAAGAUUCAGGAGCUCGACUCAAAUCAAAGCGGGCUUUCGUGAUCGGCGGACGCGUCCCGAUCUGGUACCCGCUGCCGGCUGUCACUCACAAACACAAGUUUGCCAACAUGGGAACUAAGAAGAAAAAGGAACAAAAAAAGGAGCCCGAGCAGACCUUGUCGUACUAUCAAAUAUUCCGCUAUGCAACAUGUACGGAACUGAUGGCGACUAUUCUGGGCAUCAUCUUCGGGCUGGCCAGCGGUGGAGGCGUCUGCUACAACUUGGUGCAGAUCGGAGAGCUGAGCACCGCCUUCGUAGAGAGGACCACCUACACAGAGAGGCUUACUAGUUACUUACCACUUACAGUAGCAUUUGGAGGAGGGAGGAGGCUGUUCAACGCUACAUAUGAGGAGAAUAUGCUGGCCCUGAUAGAAGACGCCAAGGCCAUGGCGAUCGGCUUGUUCCUCAGUAUCGGAGUAUCACUAAUCUUCUGCAUGCUCUCCGUCGGCCUGAUCAGUUGGAGCGCACUCCGUCAGAUAACGCGGAUACGGAUGAAGUUCUUGAAUGCAGUGCUGCGACAAGACAUGUCUUGGUUCGACACGGAUUCUGAAUUCAACUUGGCUUCAAAAAUGUCUGAGAAUCUAAUGUCUUUGAAGGAAGGUAUGGGUGACAAGUUGGCAGUGGUGUCGAACCUGGUGGGCACAGCUAUCAUCUGCCUGUGCACUGCCUUCCCAUUGGGAUGGGAGCUCACACUCGCCUGCGUGUCAGUCAUGCCCUUCUCUAUUGCUGUCUCUGUAAUUUUAACUAAUUAUCAAACUAAGUCAUCAAUAUUGGAAAUGGAAUCGUACAGUCAAGCCGGCAAACAAGCAGAGGAAGUAUUGAAAUCAGUGAGAACAAUAGUUGCCUUCAACGGGGAGAACAAAGAGGUCGACAGGUACACGAAACUUCUUCAACCUGCUGAGAAACAAGGUCGGAAGCGAGGCCUGUACACCGGCCUCGGUAACGGCUUUAAUUGGGUGCUCACUUACUCCUUGAAUGCUAUCGGCUUCACAUACGGAACCAGACUCGUAUUCAUGGACUGGGACAGUCCAGAAAGCGAACGGAAGUAUUUAGUUGGAGUUGUAUAUAGUAUAUUGUUCAGCGUGUACAUGGCUACACAGUCAGUCACAUUCUGUGUACCACACGCAGAAGUAUUCGCUGCUGCACGAGGAGCCGCUUCCAGCAUAUUCCAGUUGAUUGAUCGAGUGCCAUUAAUUGACAGCCUUCAAAAAGGUGGUUUAACUCCAAGGAGAGUAAUAGGAGAGAUAUCUCUAGAGGACGUACACUUUAGUUAUCCGUCACGACCAGAAGUUAAGGUCCUAAAUGGAUUUUCCAUUAAGAUCAAAGCUGGCGAGUGUGUGGCUCUUGUUGGGUCAUCCGGUUGCGGUAAAUCUACUAUACUGCAGCUAUUGCAGAGACUUUAUGAUCCACUCUCUGGAUCCGUGAAACUUGAUGGAAAAGAUGUCAAAAACCUGAAUUUGGGUUGGCUUCGAUCAUGCCUAGGAGUGGUAGGUCAAGAACCGGUAUUGUUUCGUGGCACAAUAUUUGAAAACAUUGCCAUAGGCUUCCCUGAAGCUACGAGGGAGGAAGUUCAGACUGUAGCUGAGAUGGCGUAUGCCCAUGACUUUAUCACCAACCUCCCCAAUGGCUAUGAUACGGUGAUAGGAGAGCGCGGUGCUUCCCUAUCGGGUGGUCAGAAGCAACGCAUCGCCAUAGCUCGGUCGCUGCUGCGGGAGCCGGCUGUGCUGCUACUGGAUGAGGCCACUUCCGCACUCGACCCUCACUCUGAACGACAGGUGCAGGCUGCACUUGAUCGUGCGAGUGUUGGGAGGACAACCAUUAUGGUAUCACAUAGAUUGUCAACAAUUACCAACGCGAACCGCAUCAUCUGCAUGGACCAGGGUGCGAUUGUGGAAGAAGGCACACAUGAAGAACUUAUGAAGACCAAAGGAUUUUACUACAAGUUAGUGACAACAGGCAACGAAACUAAGGAACCUGAAGAAAUUGAGACUGUGGCUGAAGAGGGAGACGGAGAAGAAAAUGGAGAACCCGUUCUAGCUCCUCGUGCAGACGUUAAGAGGAAGUCUAACAGACGUGUGCAUAGACAUCAUUCCAUCAAGAAAGAUUCCCAUGACUGGAUGACUCCUCGAGGUUCAAUAUGCUCGGUAGUGUCAACUGGCUUACAAAACUUCGUAUACAAUGCCGAUUAUGAGUCGGAUGAAGAAAAAGAUGAGGAAGAAGAAGUUAAACCUGUAAGCGAUUGGCAGAUCUUAAAGCUAAACGCACCAGAAUGGCCACUGAUCACUGUAGGAUCUAUAGCGGCGUUCAUUCAGGGUGCUUGCUUCCCCGUAUUCGCGUUGCUCUUCGGAUUUUCAAGCGGUAUCUUCGUCCUUGAUGACAGAAAGGAAAUCAUUUACCUAGCGGAUCUCUACUCGGGCAUGUUCAUCGUGGUGGCUGCAGUGGCUGGUGUGUCCAUGUGUUUGCAAAGCACUACAUUCACCACCGCCGGAUUGAAAAUGACAACGAGGUUACGGCAGCAAUACUUCUCAUCUUUACUUAAACAGGAAAUCGGUUUCUUCGACAAGGAAAGCAAUACGGUUGGUGCAAUGUGUGCUCGACUCAGUGGAGACACGGCAGAGGUGCAGGGUGCUACUGGGUUAAGAAUAGGUCUUAUUCUGCAAGGAAUAAGCUCUGUUCUCGUGGGUUUCUUGAUGGCAAUCUGUUACAACUGGAAACUUACUCUGGUUGGAACUGUAUUCCUACCUUUGAUGGUGGGCAGCAUAUGGCUGGAAGGUAUUGUUUCCCAACAAUCUCAAAUCAACGAAAGGGCCGCUAUGGAGGCAGCGACAGCCAUUGCCACAGAAGCAGUAGUCAGUAUCAAAACUGUCCAAAGUUUAGGCGUUGAGCUGGUAUUCCUGAAGAAGUUUGAAGAAGCGUUGAAUGUAGCUUGCUUGGCUGUCUCGAAGAAGACUCGCUGGAGGGGUCUGGUCUUAGGGUUGGGAGUGUACGUGCCGUUCUUGGCUUACUGCAGUGCCACAGUAUAUGGUGCUGUCUUGGUGGCCUAUGGAGAAAUCGAAUACAAAAUUGUGAUGCUGGUCAACGAAGCCAUCAUGUAUGGAGCGUACAUGUUGGGUCAGUCUCUCGUGUAUGUGCCGAGCUUCAACUCAGCGAAGACAUGUGGUGCUAGGAUCCUUGCUCUCAUCAAAAGAACACCGAGGGUUAAAACCGAGGACGGAAUAAGAGACAAGAAGGAUUGGGCUGCAACUGGGAACUUCAGCAUUCGUGAUGUAGAAUUUAGUUACCCAACUCGUCCUCACUUGAGGAUUCUGAAAGGCAUUGAUCUGAAGGUAGAUGCCGGCAAAACGGUGGCUUUAGUUGGGUCCUCCGGAUGUGGCAAGUCUACUGUCUUACAAUUAAUGCAGAGGUUUUAUGAUCCUGACUCCGGGAACAUUGAGCUGGAUAGUCGUGACAUAAGGUCGUCGCUCACAUUACCGCGGCUGCGUCGUCAGCUGGGUGUAGUGCAGCAGGAACCGAUACUCUUCGACCGCACGCUCGCUGAGAACAUCGCCUACGGGGACAAUAACAGGAAGGUCACCAUGCACGAGAUCGUGGCUGCAGCAAAGGCAGCCAACAUUCACAGCUUUAUAGUCUCGUUGCCUAAAGGUUAUGACACAAACCUAGGGUCCGGUGGAGCGCAGCUGUCUGGCGGUCAGAAGCAGCGAGUGUGCAUUGCACGCGCGCUCAUCCGUUCGCCGCGACUCUUGUUACUUGAUGAAGCUACUUCUGCGCUAGACGCGAAUAGUGAACGGGCUGUUUCGGAAGCUUUGGAGAAGGCAGCCAAGGGUCGUACUUGUAUCACCAUCGCGCAUCGGCUAUCCACCAUCAAGGAUGCUGACCUCAUCUGUGUGCUUGAUAAAGGAAAAAUCGUGGAACGAGGAUCACACGCGGAACUCUUCAACCAACGAGGCUACUACUGGAAAAUGUGUAAAGGACAAAACAUGGCUUAAUUCUUCCAAAAAAGAAGUUUGGACUGUCAACUCGCCUAAAAUACUUGCUACUCAGUAUUUUUAAUAAUACAUAAUGUAUACUAAAAUAUUUCCUUCUGACAAUUAGACAUAAGAAUAUUUUACCAAACCACGGACCCGGACUCUAGAAGAUGUCCGUUUUGCAGUAUUAACGAUGGGCAUUAGGCACAUAGGGAUAUAACAUUGUCUAUCUCUAUCACUUUAUACAUAGAAACUUAUUGCAUAGAUAUUUUAUAACGCUACUUAUUAAGUUUUCUUAUUGCUAAGAUAUCCAAAGAUAUUUUUAUACAAUCGAAUAUUACAAUAAUGCAAUAUGUUAAUUAUAUUAUAUACAUAGAAUAAAGCAGUAAGACAAGUUAAGGGAGAAAUGAAUUAUUUUGUAUAAUAAGACGUCUCAGCGGUUGUAACCUUAAGCUGUUGCUAACGACGCAGGAAUCUUGACCAAUCUACGUAAAUUAGAACUUAUAUUUAGUAUCAUCUAAAAUGUUUAUUGGCUAUAAUGUUUGGAAACUUGUGCUGGACACAACGCGUAUUGAGGGGUGAGUAGUAAAUAGGUCACUUGCUUAUAAUAAUGUCAAGUAUCAAUUCUAUAAGCUCGUUUGAACGUCUUGUGUGUAUGUGCGAAUAUCAAGAUUGAUGUAACUCAUUACAUUCCUGAUAUCAAGACAGAUGUGUGGACGAAGCCUUAAAAUAGAUUGUUACUUAAAACCAUUUAUAAUAAGUUUUGUAUUUACAUUUAGUUUUUAAGUUCAUCUUUUAUGUUGAAUAAUUAAAUCAGUUAUAAUAAUUGA